AUGGGCAUUAACUUCAAGCAGAAUGAUGUAAAAGCUAUUAGAUCCAAAGCUCUACUAAAUGAAAUAGAAACUAUUUAUGAUGAGCAAGCAGACCAGUCAGAACGUAAAGAUGGUUACACACCAGGCCCUCAUCUCUCAUUUGUUUAUAAAGACAGAUCAACAAUUGAAGAUGCCACAAAUCUCAUUGUACAUCAUAUGAAACGACAAGCAAGUAUUUCUAAAGAUGACAAGCAGCGGAUCAAGCAGUUACUCCACCACUUCAUUCCAGACUUGUUCUUCAUGUCUCGUGGAGAAUUAAGUGAUGAUGAACAAGACAAAGACGAAGAUAUGGAUGCGGAGGAGGGUGAAAAAACAGAGAAAGAUAACUGUGGGAGCCACUCUUUAUCUUCUUCCACCAGUAACCUUAGCAGUAAUAACCACAAUGUUGAUCAAAUCUCUGACAAAGAGAAAAAAUGUGCAGAAAUGUCCACAGAAAAGCCAUUAUUGAAUGGUGACCUUGGUAAAGUCAAUCCAGAUGUUGAAGAUCAAGAUUUAUACUCUUUAUUUUUUGUGAACAACAAUUGGUAUCUGUUCUUUCGGCUUCACCAAUUACUGUGUGAUCGGUUGUGCCAAAUCUACACUCAAGCUGUGAAGAUUGCUGAGGAAGAAGCAAAUGCCAAAAAGAAAGGAAGAAAAGAAUCCACAGCUAUUGCACUACGUUUACGAGCUCAAAGUGAUCUAGAUCCUGAUGAUUACUAUCCUUAUUUUCUGGAGAUGGUUAAAAAUCUGCUGGAUGGCAACCUUGAGUCUAGUCAAUAUGAGGACCAACUUAGAGAGAUGUUUGGCAUACAUGCUUACAUUGCCUUUACAAUGGACAAACUUGUGCAAAAUUUGGUUAGACAGGUAGGGUUCAUGUUUUAUGCUAAGCAUUCUUUUCUUUCUCUCUCUCUCUCCCCUUGA